GGGAGCGCCCGGUGCCGCCAACAAGAUGGCGGCCGCCCCCUGACACCGCCCGCCAUUCCCGGAAGCGGCGCGGCCUGCCCUGCUCGGCUCCCUGCGGGCCGGCUGAGGCGGCUCCGGGUCGGCGGGGGCCAUGGGCUGGGCGCGGGCGGCCGCCGAGCGGCUGCGGCAGCGGGCGAGGGGCGCUGAGGUGCUGCGGGAGACCUGCCGCCAGUACCCGCUCUUCUGCUGCCUCCUGCUGGGGCUGGCCGCGGCCACCCUCCUCCUCAACCGGUACCUCCACGUCCUGAUGGUCUUCUGGUCGUUUGUGGCCGGCGUCGUCACCUUCUACUGCUCACUGGGACCGGAUUCCCUUCUGCCCAAUAUUCUGUUCACCAUAAAAUAUAAACCCAAGCAAUUAGAAUUGCCGGAGCUAUUUCCCCAUGGUCACAGUUGUGCUGUGUGUGGCAAAGUCAAAUGCAAGAGGCACAGACCUGCUUUGCUCCUAGAAAACUAUCAGCCAUGGCUGGAUCUAAAAGUGCCUUCUAAGGUUGAUGCGUCCCUCUCAGAGGUGCUUGAAUUGGUGCUGGAAAACUUUAUUUAUCCAUGGUACAGAAAUAUUACCGAUGAUGAAUCCUCAGUGGAUGAGCUGAGAGGCACGCUGCGGUUUUUUGCAUCUGUAUUAGUUCGGAGAAUCCACAAGGUGGAUAUUCCAACUGUUGUAACGAAGAAAAUGCUCAAAGCAGCAAUGAAACACAUAGAAGUGAUAGCCAAAGCCAGGCAGAAAGUAAAAAAUGCAGAAUUUCUACAGCAAGCUGCUUUAGAAGAGUAUGGACCAGAACUACACGUUGCUUUGAGAAGCCGAAGAGAUGAACUUCACUACUUAAGAAAACUUACUGAACUUCUUUUUCCUUAUAUUUUACCCCCCAAAUCAACAGAAUGCAGAUCCCUGGCACUUCUUAUAAGAGAGAUUCUGCCUGGUUCUGUUUUCCUUCCCUCUAUGGAUUUCUUAGCUGAUCCUGACACUGUCAACCAUUUGCUGCUGAUUUUCAUUGAUGAUAGUCCACCUGAGAAAGCAACUGAACCUACUUCUUCAUUGGUUCCCUUCCUUCAGAAAUUUGCAGAGCCAAGAAAUAAAAAACCAUCUGUCCUGAAACUGGAGUUAAAGGAGAUCCGAGAUCAGCAAGACCUUUUAUUUCGGUUUAUGAACUUCCUGAAACAGGAAGGGGCAGUCCAUGUGCUGCAGUUCUGCCUGACUGUAGAGGAAUUCAAUGACCGAAUUUUGCGACCAGAACUGUCAGACACUGAAAAAAUGGCUCUUCAUGAGGAAGUCCAGAAAAUUUACAAAACCUAUUGUUUGGAUGAAAGCAUUGACAAGAUUAGAUUUGACCCAUUUAUUGUGGAAGAGAUUCAAAGAAUUGCUGUAGGUCCAUAUGAGGAUGUUGUGAAACUUCAAACUAUGAGGUGUCUUUUUGAAGCUUAUGAGCAUGUACUUUCUCUCCUUGAGAACGUUUUUACUCCUAUGUUCUGUCACAGUGAUGAGUACUUCAGGCACCUUUUAAGAGGAGCAGAGUCACCGACGCGCAAUUCAAAGUUUAACAGGACCACACAGAAAAGAGGAGAAUCAUUUGGAAUCAGCAGAAUAGGCAACAAAAUAAAAGGUGUAUUCAAGAGUUCUGCAAUGGAAGGAGCUAUGCUGCCUAAUUAUAACUUAAAUGAAGGAGAAGAUGACUUUAUUGAAGAAGGUGUUAUGGUGAUGGAAGAUGAUUCUCCCGAGGAAGCUGUUAUUACCCCAAAUACACCUCGCAACCUUUCUGCAUGGAAAAUUAGCAUCCCAUAUGUAGACUUUUUUGAUGAUCCCUCCUUGGAAAGAAAAGACAGAAAGGAGAGAAUUCCAGUGUUCUGCAUUGAUGUGGAGAGAAAUGAUAGAAGGGCAGUUGGGCAUGAGCCUGAACACUGGUCUGUCUAUAGGAGGUACCUUGAAUUUUAUGUGCUUGAGUCCAAGCUAACGGAGUUUCAUGGUACGUUUCCUGAUGCUCAGCUUCCGUCAAAGAGAAUCAUCGGCCCCAAGAACUAUGAGUUCUUAAAAUCCAAGAGGGAAGAGUUUCAGGAAUAUCUGCAGAAACUUCUGCAACAUCCAGAACUAAGUAACAGCCAACUUUUAGCUGACUUCCUGUCUCCUAAUGGAGGAGAGACUCAGUUUCUUGAUAAAAUGUUGCCUGAUGUGAAUCUUGGUAAGAUUAUAAAAUCGGUUCCAGGAAAGCUGAUGAAAGAGAAAGGUCAGCAUUUGGAGCCUUUCAUCAUGAAUUUUAUCAACUCCUGUGAAUCUCCCAAGCCUAAACCAAGCAGGCCUGAACUUACAAUUCUGAGUCCCACUUCUGAAAACAACAAGAAGCUCUUCAAUGAUUUAUUCAAGAAUAAUGCAAACCGGUCUGAGAAUACAGAAAGACGACAAAAUCAGAACUACUUCAUGGAAAUGCUGACUGUAGAAGGUGUCUAUGACUACUUGAUGUAUAUCGGUAGGGUAGUUUUCCACAUUCCUGACUGGCUGCAUCAUCUCUUGAUGGGAGGAAGAAUUCUCUUCAAAAAUACCUUGGAACUGUACACAGACUAUUACUUGCAUUAUAAGUUGGAACAGCUAUUUCAGGAACACCGUUUGGUUUCUCUGAUAACACUGCUGAGAGAUGCUGUGUUCUGUGAGAAUACUGAACCUCGCUCUCUCCAGGAUAAACAGAAGCGAGCAAAGCAGACUUUUGAAGAAAUGAUGAGAUACAUUCCAGAUUUAAUUGGCAAGUGCAUUGGGGAAGAAGCUAAAUACGAAGGCAUCAGGCUUCUGUUUGAUGGCAUGCAACAACCAGUGCUCAACAAACAGUUAACUUACGUUCUGUUGGACAUUGGGAUUCAAGAACUCUUCCCAGAGCUAAGUAAAGGUCUAAAGGAAGCUAGCUCUGUGUCAUGUUGGAUGUGAAUGCAGGGACCUUGCUGGACACGUGGUGGAAGCAUCUGCUGUGCACUAACGUAAUGGACGUGUGAUAUUUUAACCUUGCAUUGUAUAUUUUCUUGUAAAUAACAUAAAAUCUAAGUUCUAAAAACCUCUUUAUGCAAUAAAGACAUUAAAAUUUAAUAACAAUUAC